AUGCCUGGUCGGAAGUCUAGCUCUGGGUCUGAAGGGAAGCCUCCUGGCUCCAAGCCUGACCCAAAGGCUUCCAGCUCCAAGCCCGAUCCGAAGUCUGGCUCUCAACCCAAGGGCUCACCGGACAAGAAGGGGAAGGGUCCAAUGCCAAAGUCGGCACAGGAUGAACCGUCCAAGGAGAAUCGGCCAUCGCGGGCUGGGGAGCCAAGCACCCAUACGCAGCCACCAGCAAGUGAGAGAAACACCACUCAAGCAAUGCCAGGUCAAUCGUCCGGUAAGGAGCGAUAUGGUGAAGAGCAUUCCCGAGCUGGCCCUUGGAAUAGCCAAGGUGUAACAUAUGGCGAAAGCCGUAAGGAAGUGGCCCCUGGGGAAAGCACCUCAGAUUACCCGCAACACCUGGACGAUGCAGACACUGCGGAUGAUCAAGUAGAAGAAAAAGAAGAACCAGACGAACCAGACGAACUUGAGAAGUCCUAA